UGCAGCCAGUCCGCCAUGGCGCCGCCGCUGCACUCGGUGCCUCCGCGGCUGUGGGAGGCGCGGCGGCUGCGCGGGGGGCUGCUGUCGCGGCUGCCGGGGCACUUCCUGCGGGCGCUGAAGGAGGCGGAGGCGGCCGAGGGCCGGGCGGAGGCGGCGGUGCACUGGCGGCCCUGCGGCGAGGCCCAGUUCGCGCGGAACCCGGCCUCCGGGCGUCGCGAGCGGCGGCAGCAGGACGUGCCGGUGCCGGUGUUCCGGCCCCCGGAGAGCCAGGAGGGCCUGUGGGGCGGCGAGGGCUGGGUCUCGGGCUUCCGCUACGCCAACGGCGACAAGCUGUCUGCCCGGGUGAGGAAGACGUGGCGGCCGCAGCUCUUCUACCGCCAGCUCUACAGCGAGAUCCUGGACCGGAAGCUGACGGUGACGGUGACCAUGCGGACCCUGGACCAGAUCGACGCCGCCUUCGGCUUCGACGCCUACAUCCUGAAGACGCCGCCGGCCCAGCUCUGCUCCAAGCUGGGCAUGGACCUGAAGCGCACGCUGCUCCUGCGCUUGGCCCGCCGGGACCCCGCCCUCCACCCGCAGGACCCCGCCAGGAGGGAGGCCGUCUACGCCAAGUACCAGGAGUUUGUUAUCCCAGAGGAAGAAGCGGAGUGGGUUGGGCUGAGUUUGGAAGAAGCUGUAGAGAAGCAGCGGCUGCUGGAAAAGAAGGAUCCCAUUCCCCUCUUCAAAGUCUACGCAGAAGAACUGGUGCAACAGCUUCAAGAACAGAGGCUUUCAGAACCUGCUGAAGGCCAGAAGCCCUAAGAGCCCUGCUGACUUGAGUGUAGUGAACUGUUCAUAGCUUUGGGUUUGCCUUGGAGUGGGGUGGAUCCAGUUCUCUUCCCAUCUGCCAUGGCCGCUUGAGGCUUGGGAUGGGUGCCCGCUGUGUCCUCCCAAAGGGUCCUGCUCACUACUUGGACUUGGAGAGGAACCAGCUGUCCUGAACAGCAUUCUCAGCUUCCAGUUGAACAGCCCCAAUAAAGAGGAGCAUGCUCUCA